GCGGCGUGAUACAUGAUAGGGAAAUACCUAGGGGGCAGGAGGAUGGUCCGCCUUGGCACGCUGCCCUGAGCCUCGGCGGUGCACAUUGUGGCAGCGGUGCCAACAGUGUCGCGCUGAAGCUGCAUGUGCCCGUGUCGAGUGUUUCUCAGCGCGGUGAUGGUCAAUGUUCAGGUGACGAGGGCCUGAGCCCGCGUCCUGCAGCCGUGGGGUACGGGCCCCCGGAGUGGCGGUGUGCUGCGAGGCGGGCAGGUGAUGUGCGAGAAAACGAUGUGAUAUUCUGUGCAGGGGUUUUGGUUGCAGUUGAGGAAAACAAACAACAUUAACGGGGCGGCCAACGGCCGUGCCAGCUGCUCCAGUUGCGGAGAACUCUCAGUUUAGUGAGGCAAGAAUGGAAAAGUUAUGUGUGAGUAUACUGACGGCGUGUUGUGGUGCCGAGUGAUGUGACGACGCCGACACCCCUACUCUGCUGGACCCAAGAUCACACUGGUGAUGGCCCCUUGCCGCGGCAGGUGGGGUAGGUUGGUGCUGUGCCUGGCGGCGGUGUGGGGGGCGGGGGGCGGCACGGCCGAGGAGGGAUCGCUGCCCCCCUCAAGACGGUUCAACAUCGGCGGCGUUCUGCACGACAACAACACGGAGCGGCACUUCAGGGACGCCCUCAAGGACAUCAACUUCGACGGCGUGUCCGUGGCCGACCAGACAACGCUGUACGACGUGACGCUGGUGCACCACGGCAACCCCAUCGCGGCGGCGCUCCACGUGUGUCAGGCGCUCAUCUCCCGCGCGGUGUUCGCCGUGGUGGUGGCGUCCCCUCCCGACGGCUCGGUGACCACGGCGUCCGUCUCGUACACGUGCGGCUUCUACCACAUCCCCGUCAUCUGCACGCACUCCCGGGACUACAUCUUCUCCGACAAGAACAUCCACGUAUCUCUGCUCCGCACGGUGCCACCCUACAGCCACCAGGCAGACGUGUGGGUGUGGCUCCUGAAGCGCCUGCAGUAUAAUCAGGUCAUCAUGCUGCACUCCGCGGACACCGACGGCCGCGCCCUCCUCGCCCGCUUCCAGUACGCCGCCAUGCACAGCGACAACGAGAAGGGUGUUAAGCUGUCGACGGUGGUGGAGUUUCCCCCGGGCCAGGAGUCCUUCGUGCGGGAGCUGACCCUCAUCCGCGAGCAGCUGGUCAAGGUUGUCCUCCUAUACGCCAGCGAGGCGGACGCUGAGAUCAUCUUCCACGACGCCAGUUACCUCAACAUGACGGACGCCAACUACGUGUGGCUGGUCACCGAGCAGGCCCUGCACGCCCGCCACAUUCCCGCCGGCGCACUCGGCCUACAGCUCAAGCACGCCGACGACUACAACGCCCACAUCACUGACAGCCUGCGCGUGGUGGCCCUGGCGCUGCGUCGCCUACACGAGACACACAAGGUCAUCCCGCAGCCGCCGGUCAACUGUGACGCCGAGGACGGAUGGGACAAGACGGGCCGUGAACUGUUCAGGUUGAUCCGUGAGCAGGUGCUGACGGACGGCCGCACGGGGAAGGUGGCGUUUGACGAGCACGGGGACAGAGUCUUCGCCGAGUACUCCGUGGUGAACGUGCAGAGUCAGCGUCGCCAAGCACACCACGCCUUCAGCAGGAACCGCCAGUCCGUCGGGGAUUUCCUGUACGAUGCGGCGAGCGACAAGAUGGUCAUGGAGCUCAAUCAGACGAAGAUCGAAUGGCCCGGGGGAGCGACCAAGGCCCCGCCCGGUUAUUACCUACCGCGGCACCUCAAGGUCCUGACCAUCCGCGAGACGCCCUUCGUGUACGGCGAGGAGGUGGAGGACGAGACGGAGUGUUCGGGCGAGGACGAGGUGAUGUGUCCGCUGCUGCAAGGCGGGGAAGAGGAGCCGCGUCCCAUGUGCUGCUGGGGCUACUGCGUCGACCUGCUGCUCAAACUCGCCAAGAAGAACGAGUUUAGCUUCAACCUCUUCCUCGCCCCCGACGGCCAGUACGGGGAGCUACGUGAGGGGCCGGACGGGAGGGAAUGGACGGGCAUGAUCGGACACCUGGUGGGGGAGGCGGCCGACGCGGAUAUGCUGGUGGCUCCACUGACCAUCAAUCCGCAGCGCUCCCAGGACAUCCACUUCACCAAACCCUUCAAAUACCAGGGCAUCACCAUCCUCGUCAAGCGGGCGCCCAUCGUCCCCGCCCUGGUGUCCAUCCUGCAGCCCUUCCGAGGAACGCUGUGGUUGCUGCUGAUGGCCACCGUGCACGUCAUCGCGGUGCUCAUCUGGCUGCUCGACCGACUCAGCCCCGUCUACAUGACAGACGAUGACUGCGAAUCACUGGCGCCCUCGGAGUGUUUCUGGUUCUCGUGGUCAGUCAUCCUCAACAGCGGCCUGGCGGAAGGGACGCCGCGGGGCCUGAGUGGGCGCGUCCUGGGCAUCGUGUGGAGCGGCUUUACGAUGAUCAUGGUGGCCUCCUACACCGCCAACCUCGCCGCCUUCCUCGUGCUGGACGCCCCCGCCACACCCAUCGCCGGCAUCAACGAUCCGCGGCUGAGGAACCCCGUCGAGAACUUCAGCUUUGCAACGGUGCGCGGGUCGGCGGUGGACAUGUUCUUCCGCCGUAAGACCGAGUGGGCCAACAUGUACCGCGUGAUGGAGGCGCACCACUAUCGCACCGUGGACGAGGCGGUUCAGGCGGUGCGCGACGGGGAUCUCCAAGCGUUCAUCUGGGAGAGCUCGCGGCUGGAGUUCGAGGCAUCGAUGGACUGUAGCUUGGUGACGGUCGGGGAGCUCUUCGGGCGCUCCGGGUACGGCAUAGGACUGAGGAAGGGCUCGCCGUGGGCAGACAAAAUCACGCUGGACGUACUCGAUCUUCAUGAGAGAGGCUACAUGGAGGACCUGGACAAGAAAUGGAUCUGGAAUGAAGGAGACUCGUGCAGCGGGGAAGACCAGGAGUUCUCCAAGCGGCUGGGACUCAAGAACCUGGAGGGCAUCUUCAUCCUGGUGGCGGGCGGCGUUUUCAGUGGCAUCCCGCUCAUCGUGAUCGAGCUGGCCUACGACCGCUGCAAGAGGCGCUACGGUUGGGGUAGGAGCAGCCGCGGCACGCAACAAUCGGGGAGUGAGCGAGCCCCGUUCUUCGGCGAGGGGGCGGAGGGAUACGAACACUCUGAUCAGGAGGACGACGCGCCCCUGAGGAACGCCGCGUCCACGAGGAUGAAGACCAGCCAAGCGAACAACGUGGCGGCCCCUCGAGUCAUGCCUCGCAGCCGCGCAGGCCAACAGGACGCGGCGCCAGAAAACUGUGUUUCGGGGGAGGCCGCGGGGAGGACGCGGUGCCAGUACCCCUACCCGUGCCUACACGCGCCCAGCAGCGAGGACGUGCUGCGCGAGGUGGAGGAGCGGCUCUUGGCCAGCCCACACAUCCCCGAGGAGUGGUGGAUCCUCGGACCGCCCACCUGCCCGCCCUUCAUUGGGACCUGUGCGCCCUGCGACCAUGACCCCGACCCUCACUGCCUCGGGGACGCCUGCGCCGCGCCGUGCCUCGCCGAUCACGACGCUCCGGGCUGCGGCGACGCCCACGGCUGCGAGAGUGUGAGUGACACGGAUGGUCGAGAAUGUCCUCAGUUCCACGUUGAUGUUGACUUGCACGUGGCGGCGGCGGGGGUGGAGGACGGCGGCGAGGCGUGUGUGUUCGGCUGUGAGUGUCAGCCCUCCGCCGGCCCACCAGCGCCAGCCGCGGCCAGCCUUGUGUCCCGCGGCCCCGCCAAGGUGCCGCUGGAAAACCUGCCUGACGUGGUGGAUAACUGCAGCGAGCGGGAGGUUCCCGUUUCGUCAGGAGGAAGGGAAGGUUCCUAGACAGAUGCCAUACGAGUGACACGCGCCGCGCCCCCCGUCUGAGGCCACCACAGCAUCGCCCCUGCCGGCCAACAUUGCCAGAUUGUCGUACUCAGCCUCCUAUGUUUGCCGAUUUCCGACCCAGAAACUGCCUCCUCAACCCCAAUAACUGCCUUUAUAUAUGAUUAUCGUUAAAAUGGUUAAUUAUUGGUGUAUUUUGGCAAUAGCUAUGACUCAGAAACCGGUAAAUACGAGGCUCUGAGUACGAUAAUCUGGCAACGGUGCAGCCGGCCCUUCCUUCCGUCACCAGACAUCGUUUAUCUGAUAAUGUUACACGUAGGAAUUAAUGUUUUGGGCUCUUCUAAGCGUCCUUCCUUAUGGUGUUACUUUUUUAUUAAACAGGUGGACUGAAAAAUCUCUAUUCAUUCUACGUGUGUGUGUGUUAAUUUGUGUGUGUGUGUGUGUGUGUGUGUGUGUGUGUGUCAUCCAUCAAACCGUAUUCUUAAACGUAUCGACAUAUCAAUAUACGCCCGUUUGAAAAGCCUCUCUUGGACGUUGCUGGGAUUUUCAUGGACUUUUGUGACUCUAUUAGUCCUACACGAUAUCUUUAUAGUACCAUGGACGGGAAAAUUACCCUCGAAAGCCCGGUGAACCUUCUCUGUGGCCUUGGAAACUAUUUGUGAUGGGAGCCCGAUACGUAAAGGAAUAAUUAUCAUCAUCAUGUCUUAAGGGAGAACCAUCACAGCUGUACUCGUCUAGUGAUUUGCCCAAGUACCAUUCGCUAGAGGGAGCGGAUACUGAACACUUCUCUCAAUGAAUAGUGUUGUUACUUCACACAUAAACACUUCCCCUGAAACCUGGUUGUACUAUUUACACUGACUUCACGGUAAACUAGGGCAGAGGGUUGCUAGCGAGUUUUUAGUGUUGAAUGAGUCAUGAGGUAGUGGGCCAUGGAGGGCCGUGAAGCCUCGAAGCGUGUUGGCCCGGUGCCCGCCUCCCUCAGUCAUGGCGAAGGGACGGUACGGGGAGGAGAUGGAGUCUUUGCGUGUGUUUGUGUGUGUAUUGCAUAUCUUUGGUGGUCAAGAGCAGUGUUUGUCGGUCAUCAUGGCGGCGGCUGGCUGGUGUCCUCGGAGCUUAGGCAGAGGGUUGCUCCACGAAGACCCACGUGAAGUAUUCGUUCCCUGAUCGUUCUCUGGUGCACACUUGCUGGCCCCCUCCAAUGUCGUCUAGUGACAGCAGAACUAGUCUUCCUCAUCAACGCUGCCGAGGUUUAUGAUGACGGACUCUACGUAUGUAUGUUGUCUGUGGACCAGUACUCCUCCUCAAAGCCUUAUGAUCCACGAACCGCACCUGCCCACACCGUUUAACAAACCAUGUACCCUCGCAACACCUCAAAAUGCUCAGCUCCAGUAAACCAUCUGUCUGUCAUCAUUCUCGCUCGUUAUCACCCUCCACAUAACCGCACCCAAGGCUUUACUUCCACAUUAUUUCACUCUAAAUAAAUGACACGUGCAUGUUGGUAUACCACAUUUCUAU